GAAAACUCCAUUAAAAAGCCCGGCUUUCCUCCAUGUUAGAUGUGAACUGGAAAAUGGGGAAGAUUUAGCAAAAUUCUACCUUCAGUCAGGCUGGAAAGGGGAAGAGAGCAGAGUAAAACCCUCAGACUGCUGAAAUUUCUAGACUGCCGGGAAGCCCCCUGGAAUUCUGUGAAAAUGAGGGUCUCUUAACUCAAAACUGAUAGAGGGAAAGAACAGGACCCCUUCUCUAAUUCCUCCCCAGGGUGUGUUACCUUUCUUCACCAGUAUGGUAAGAGACAGGGCCUGUCCCAAGCCCGGCAUGCCCGUGUGAGCCAAGGCACCCCAAGUGAGGCAGAGUGAACUCCAGCCGGCACUGGCUUCCUGCCUCUUCAUGUGCUUUGGAAGGAGCAGCAGCAGGAGUCUCGGCAGCUGGGGCCGCAAGGAUGGACAGCGGGGAGAGAACUGACGGCAGCUGUGGCUGCCGUGGCCACGACGAGAAGAAGAUGCUCAAGUGUGUGGUGGUUGGGGACGGUGCCGUGGGGAAAACCUGCCUGCUGAUGAGCUACGCCAAUGACGCCUUCCCGGAGGAGUAUGUGCCCACUGUGUUCGACCACUAUGCAGUUACCGUGACGGUGGGAGGAAAGCAGCACUUGCUCGGCCUGUACGACACUGCAGGACAGGAGGACUACAACCAGCUGAGGCCACUGUCCUACCCAAACACAGAUGUGUUUUUGAUCUGCUUCUCCGUCGUAAACCCUGCCUCUUACCACAACGUCCAGGAGGAGUGGGUGCCUGAGCUGAAGGACUGCAUGCCUCACGUGCCUUACGUCCUCAUAGGGACCCAGAUUGAUCUCCGUGAUGACCCCAAAACGUUGGCCCGUUUGCUGUAUAUGAAAGAGAAACCUCUCACUUACGAGCAUGGUGUGAAGCUUGCAAAAGCGAUUGGUGCACAGUGCUACUUGGAAUGCUCUGCCUUGACUCAGAAAGGUCUCAAAGCGGUUUUCGAUGAAGCAAUCCUCACCAUUUUCCACCCCAAGAAAAAGAAAAAAUGCUGCUCUGAGGGUCACAGCUGCUGCGCGAUUAUCUGAGGUUGCCUGAGACCCGCCACCCCUCCAUCUAAGACUGAGAAUGGCCGCAUCUCCAAGACCAAGCUCCUGCCAAAAAGGAGGGCAGGACCGGAAAGGAGUUUUCUUCCCACAGAGGCUUGCCUGCCACGCUGUGAGCCCUCCCAAGCACAGCCCACUAGUCAGCCAGCUGCCACCUGCGUCUUCCCUGCCACCUAGAAGUGCCCACGCUGCAUCCCCGAGGAUGCUGGGUCCCAGUUUCAGACAGCGCCACUGCUGAACAUGCCAGAAACAAAGUCAAGGUCCAUCUUGCAUUUCAUAUUUCUCCUGCCUGUGAAUAUGAAGCUGAUGGGAAAUCAUUACAGAAAAACUGAAAGAGGAAUUCGGUUCCUGUAUUGGUGGCCUUACUUGAUGUCUUUGACAAAACUUGGGACUGCAGUACUAAUCUUUCUUUUCUGAACCUCCUGUUCUACCCUUGUGUCUGACAUUCAUUUAUAUUAUGUGAAGGAAUCACCUAAUUUCCAGUCUACUCAGGCAUUACAAAUCUGUACCAAAUUAGCCUAAAGAAAGGCGGUUUAUAUCCAUUUCUAUUUUUAGCACGUUUCUACCAAAGCCAUCAGAACCAACAUUUACCUCUGAACGUCUGAGCACAGGAAGACACAAGAAACUAAAACUUUCAGAAACUUACAGAGUCAUGACUUUUGAACUUUUUGAACGUGGUUGAAUGAAAACACCAUCAGGUCCACGUUCGUGCCAAAGAUUCACCCCCUACAAAUAUAAGUUGAUAGGCAACCUGAUAUUUUCCCCUACUAUACUGGCAAACUAAAAAUGAACUGUUAACAAAAGUAGUAUUUCUAUUUUGCAUCCACGUCCACUGGGGGAAGAAUAUAGCAGGACCCAUCUUUUAAAAUAGUUUAUUUAGCGGAGUGGACCUUCCUGCUCCCUUUCUCCCCCAUUGCUUGCCCUUUGCUUCCUGGAUUUCACACUUUCUCCCCGGCCCGGAUUCCAAUUAUCUUCUAAACUAAAAGAAGGCCUGGGCAUUGGGCAUAGUUUUCGGAAAACUAUGUUCCAAAAAAUUGGGAGAGAAUUCAGAUACGGUUUAAGUUUAUUAUUUAAAAAUACCUGAGGUAGUCUAUGGGUGGCUCACACCUGUAAUCCUAGCACUCUGGGAAUCCAACGUGGGAGGAUCCUGUAAGCUUAAGAGUUCAAGACCAGCCUGAGCAAGAGUGGGACGCUGUCUCUACUAAAAACAAAAAACUAGUGUCAUGGCAGGUGCCUAUAGUCCCAGAUACUUGGGAGGCUGAGGCGAGGGGAUCACUUGAGUCUAAGAGUUUGAGGUUGUUGUGAGCUGUGAUGCCACAGCACUCUACCAGGGUGACAGAGACUCUGUCUCAAAAAAAAAAAAAAAAAAGAAAAGAAAAAUGCCUAAGGUGAAGAAAAGUCCCUCUGCUUCUCUGCUUGCUUCCGGUGAAUGUGCUUCCCAGCUUGCCUCAUGUGCCCUCCCGUUCCAGGUGAGUGACAUUUUCCAGUAAGGACUGAACUAAACUUCGGCUUUCUCUUUCUUUGCUCAGCCUCCCACAUGUCUGUUUGGGGCCAGAUCUGUGGGCAGCAACCUCUGGAUCCGUCUGUGUCCUGCCUUCCAGAAUAAUGAGCUACAUGGAACAGGGACUUUGGGCCAAUGGAAAUAAAACCUCCCAGUAAGGAAUCACAGGCCCACUCGUGUGUGACAAUUCCAAACAUUUAGGAACUUUUGUACCAUGAGUGAGUUACUUCCUUUUAAUUAGGGGCUUUGAGAGGUUCUAAUUAAUCUUAUUUGCUUAUAAAUGCCUUGGAAUCACCCAAGUAGACUCUUACUUUUUUAUUUUAAUUCCAUAAGCAAAGUGCACCUUUGCAAUUUGAAAUUACACCAAUUUUAAGACUUUCUGGCCUCAAGUGCCCUCUAUUAGCAAAAGCCAGUCUGUCCAGUACCUUCUGCUGCUGGAGAAAGCAGUAAGAAAAGAAAGAAUUACGUGGUAUUACGACUCUUUUCUAUUAAGACCUUCCCAGACAACCCCCCAGUUCUGGGUGGGGGGGUGUUUGUGUGGAAUUUCUGGAAGUUGUUUUCCCUCCCUCUCCAUUUCAAGGACUGUUUCCCUUCUCCCCCAUCUCAUUGCUAAACAUUUUUUUAAAUACACACAUUUCGCAUAAAAGAAAACGGGAGUUUUGUAUCAAAGCUUGACAUUUAGAGCAAAGACUUUUUGCCUUUGUAAGUGGAGAUAUAUUGUGUAUAAAUUGUAAUUUCCCAGAGGUUAUGAAUUCAUCCUCUAUAAAAACUGAUGAGCAUUUAGCCCCAUAAUAAAUGAAGUGAUAUUAGACAGUUUUGUUUCUUUAUUGCAUAGUUACAUCUUACUAAAGGGCCACUCCUGAGUUUUUGUUGAUGUGGAUGAAAAGUUGAGAUCAGUAUAUUUCCAGAUGUGUGCAGGCAACAAGAAAAUAGCUCCCAGGUCAUCACCUCCCUGAUGAUGGGAAGAUCAUUCUCUCCCUUCCAACCAGAAACUGGAUAAAGAUUGUUGGUGUCCGGAUGGAGCACAGGCUCCCAGAGGUUUUAGGGGCUAAUCAUUGAACUAAAUGCAGAACAAAGGGACUUCAAUGAGUCAUUUCAUACUGACAAAUUAAUCAGUUAUAAAUCAUGGCAAGAUCUGGCUCAUUCCACUAAAAAGUGUUUUCUGCCCUAAGAUUGAAUAAAACUACGUUCCGAACCAAAGACAAGAAGAGAGAGAAAUUUGAAGGAUCCUUUAAUUAUCCGCAGCAUCUUAGCACGUCGUGGCAGCUGAUCUCCAUUUGAGAGGAUCUCAACUCAUCAGAGCUAGAAAAGGUCUCCAGGAACUAUGGUCUGUGAACAAAAGUUCUCUGAAAAGGAAUUUGGAGGAAAGAGACUAUUCCAGUAAACAGUUUCCAAACCAGGAAGAUGUAGCCUCUUGCAUAAAAGGAAGGAGCAUUCCAGAGAACAAAAAGAGAGUUUGGAUUUGAUGCCAGAAAUUCCCAUCCAUGCUCUGGAUUGGGUCUGUUUAUGCAAACCGACGCUUGAAAUUCACUUAGUUCUAAUUGGUGGUUAUACAGCUGAGCCCUGAUUGGCUGAGGCAAGUGAGCUCUGAUUGGUUGGCUCAGAUGAGGUCUGCCUCCCAAAGUCAAACAGAGGUGUGAAUUAGGGAGAGGGGUUCAAAGGACACGUGUGACCCCGUUGACUCUAUUUAAAAUUUAGGCCCAGUUAGCCACAUCCGUUUUGGAGGAUUGGCUCUUUCAGGUUAACGUUUAUUCACAAGUCCAAUUCCUCAUUGCUCAUGUAAGAAACUCAAGUCUGGAUGGGUUAAGAGAAGUGCCCUGUGGCGGUGCUGGAACAGAUCUCAACUUUUCAAUACUAUCAUUUAUCCAUAUCACACAUGUCAACGUGGAAUUUUGUAGGUGUAUUACUGGAGUUGCAUCUGUUUAUCCUAUAGAUUCCAGAAUAUUUUAAACACAUAACAUCAUGUAGUUAGACCACUAUAAAUAAAGUAUUCCAUCAAUCUAGUAAUAAACUAGAGAUCAGCAUUUGACCUAUGUACUAAUAUGUCUGGAAGCCACAGUCUACAGAAGCCUAAGGUAAUGGCUCAAUCAAGCAGCUACUUUGGUAGAUUUGGUUUUUUCAUUCAUGGUUUGUGGUCUGGUAGAAUUAAGAAAUCCUUGGGUUAUUUUUGGAACACAAAAGGACUAAGGCACAGUAAGAAAUCUGGGCUAAUUCCUGUAAAGUUAUAGUCAAAGAACAAUUAUGGAAGACAAACUCUACAGUAACCCUAAGCCAGUAAGUCAAAAAAUAAGCUUUGCACAUACGAGGCCUGCCUGUUAAGUUCACAAACUUGCCACCGGGCACUGUACAAUGAACUUGGCGAGGUUUCCUAACCUUGGUCAAUCAGUAUCUCACGUCAUGUUUGUGUGGUGUGGUGGUCUCGAUGAGUGCCUUUCAUUAUAGUUGUUGUGUGUUUUUGCGUGCUGUCCCAAGACUAUCAGAGCUUAAAUUAGAAACAAACGUUAAAUUUCUUGUUAAACUCCACAAGAGCGGAAGUGAAAUUGGGGACAUGUCAGCCCAAGUUUAUGGGGAUAAUGCCAUGAAGAAAACAGCAGUGUGCAAAUGGACUACACGUUUUUCUGAGGCGAGACAAAGCAUCCUGGUAAGCCUGUUUGUGAACUUAAUUAUCUGACCUCGUGUGUUAAGGGGGGAGGUUUUGUCCUGAGACUUCGAUAACAAUGUAUCUGAACAUAGUAUUCAAAGCACACUUGGAAGUUCCUAGUUUAUCAGAGAAGCACUAAAUGAAGUGAGUGUGGCCAUACACUAUUUUCACAGGGCCACCAAUAAGGAAAUAGUAUUACAUAGGAGUAAAAGAGCAAUCACAACCAUACGUACAAUUUUAGGAGAAAAAUAAAUCUAAAUCCAAAAUUCGAAACCAACAAAAAUGUCAUCAUGUAGGGUUAUACGUUCCUGUGAGUGGGCGCUUACAAGGGAGAGCAUCUUCAAGAAGAAAUAUUUGACUGGAGACAAGCCUUUCAAGAUGCCGUAUUAUAUUCAUAAGGGCAAAUGCAUUCCACAGACCAAAGUAAUGGAAAAUAAAAAAUUGGGAUGUUGCUUUAAAGAAUGUUUGAUACCGUGCUAGAGCUUAUCACGUAAAUAGUUAAUGUGUUCAUUUUUAAAUCCAUCUCUGUGUUUAGCUGCCAAAAGGCAAAAUACUCAUCCUCCCUCCACAGAAAGAACUACAGGUCACCAGCUAUUCCCCCAAGAGUCUGUGAGUAGGCCAAAUACAAAUAAGGAACCUCAACAAACUGUUUUCACUUCAAGGACCCAUUAGAAACAGAGGGAAAAGAGGUGAGGGAAACUAACGAAGGAAGUCAGGCACUUCGAAAAUGAAAAUAUUUAAAGAAUGGACAGGAAGCUAAAACAAAACAUAAGCCAAAAACACACACCUUAAAAUUCCCCUAAAGUGUGGCUAACUUCAGCCUGGUUUCUAGAAGCACAGGGAAGAAAGACGAACAGAGAGCCUGGACAGGAUUAUGUGGUUCUGGGAAUCUAAGCAGAGUCAGACAACAGGGCUUAUCAUGUGACAACCUAGAUAAUCCCACAUCACGCUUCACUAAAAGUGAACGGAUCUUAGGCAAUGUUCUUGGGUCUUUACUAGCAAUGUAGGGUAUCACCCUCUUGGCUUAUAUAUAGCGGGCCAUCAUUGGACACUUACCAGGGAACAUGAUUCAAUAAAUGAUUUGAAAAUUUCCUUAAACAUGAACAUGACUUAAGACCUGAAAAGGAUGACUUCAGGAUAGCUGGAAAGAAAGUUAUUUGUAUAAAUACUAUUUAUUCAUCUGCAGUGGGAUAUUGCUAAGUAGAAAGAUUGCAUUUAAAAUGCACAACCAGGGCAGCGCCUGUGGCUCAGUGAGUGGGGCGCCGGCCCCAUAUACCGAGGGUGGUGGGUUCAAACCCGGCCCCCAGCCAAAAUGCAACAACAAAAAUAAUAGCCAGGUGUUGUGGCAGGUGCCUGUGGUCCCAGCUACUCAGGAGGCUGAAGCAAGAGAAUCGCCUGGGCCCCUGGGAGCUGGAGGUUGCUGUGAGCUGCGACGUUACAGCACUCUACUGGGGGCGACAAAGUGAGACUCUGUCUCUAAAAGAAAUAAAAUAAAAUGCACAGCCACAAUAACAGAAUGCAAAAAAAAUAUGAGAUAAAGCAAUCAUUUGCGGAGCUUCACUGGUCAACAAAGACCAGAAAGGAAAUUAAAGCACCAAGCUGUCAGAAGCUCAGAUGUGCUUUUUUAGUGAUCUCUUUGGGUGAAGGGAGGAAUAAGUUAAAAAAGGUCUGGCUCAUCUGUCAAGUGGUGGGAUCAAGCUCAACAACAGUUCUUGGCUUUGAAAUUCCACAACAGGAAAUUGGAGUAAAAGCUGCAAGGAUUAAUCUUGGUCGCCAUCUAUUUUUUUCCUCCUUAGGAGACAUUAUGUCAAAAACACUGGAGUUGAUUUGGUGUGUCUGUGUUUUAAACAUGCUCUACUUUGGGGAUUUCAUUUUGUUCUGAGAGUUCUGUGGUGAUUCAGAAGCUUUGUAAUAUUAUAGCUGGAGGAAUUUCAUUGUAUUUUUAGCCAUGUCCUCCAAGCCUCCCAGGGUCUUUGUAGUGAUCUUUUCUGAACAGGUUCUGACCAGUGUCACGGUGGGGGCAUAUGAUCUGGGUUCCACGAGGAGAUGGUGCCCUGGGCCUGCACCUGUGUCUUGCCUUGAGGCAACCUUAGCACACUUUGCUUCCCUCUUGGCACUGCACAAGUCAAUCUUCUGAGAUUAUGUUAAUUCUUUGGGGGGGAAAAAUAGAAAACACUUUCUGAGUAGGGAAGUAUGUUUGGAGCAGGACUGUAAAUACACAUCUAAAAUUACCAUCUGCCAUUUUUUAAAUCUAUUUUGUUUUAAGCAAUCAGGUUCUUUUCUCCUAGAGGAACCUCAGGCAAGAAAGUUAACGAAUUCUACAUUCUUCCUAUUACCUGGUUUAAAUUGUGUUUUGCUCAGAGUAAACAGUAAUUACUGUUUACAUCUCAGCAAAAUUUUAUCCCAACUGCAACAGUUCAUGUUCCUCCCACUAUAAUCUCUAAAGAAGAAAUGAUCACCCAGGGAAGUAUGCUGACCUAAUCACAGAUGGUGUUUUACAACCCGCAUCUUAUGUAAUGGUGAUUCUACAUGACUUUUUCAUAAUUAAUGGAACAUUACUCAUGUACUCUUAAACCUUGCGAUUUAUGUUGUGCCAUGUUCUGAAUUUCAUGUCAUUAAAG